UGCGCCGGAAGUGCGCAGACGCCACCUCGCGGAGGCCAGUCCGAUCGUUGAAGUGAUCCCGAGGAGUUCAUCGAUAGUCGCGGUCGCUCGGUUUUCACGCGAUAAUUUUGCCAUCGCACGGACCAUCCUCGUUGCAGCUGUUCCGUGAGACAGACGCAAUGCUGAUGGCGGGGCAUUGAGAUCAUUGAGAGGUGACUGGAAGAUCUAGUCGCGCUCCACGGAUUCACGUCGAGAUAUACAGCUAGGUAUCACACACGAGGAUCAUGAAAAUGGUGCUGUCUCAACGUCAGAGGGAGGAGUUAAAUAAGGCGAUCGCGGAUUACCUUAGCACCAAUGGCUAUCAAGAUGCACUGGAGGCAUUUAAGAAGGAAGCUGAUAUGCCAGGAGAGGUGGAAAGGAAAUACGGCGGGCUGCUGGAGAAGAAAUGGACCUCAGUUAUACGAUUGCAGAAGAAGGUAAUGGAAUUGGAGUCUAAACUCUCCGAGGCGGAGAAGGAGUUCAUAGAAGGCGCGCCAACGCGCGGUAAGAGAUCACCAUCCGAGUGGAUCCCGAGGCCGCCAGAAAAGUAUAGUCUGACUGGUCAUAGAGCCCCUAUCAAUAGAGUUAUUUUCCAUCCAGUUUUUAGUCUCGUUGUAUCUGCCAGCGAAGAUGCUACCAUCAAGGUAUGGGACUUUGAGAGCGGUGAUUUCGAAAGAACACUGAAAGGUCACACCGACAGCGUACAGGACAUUGCGUUUGAUGUCUCGGGCAAACUGCUCGCCUCUUGCAGUGCGGACAUGUCCAUCAAGCUGUGGGACUUCCACCAGUCGUUCGCCUGCGUAAAGACCAUGCACGGCCACGAUCACAACGUCAACUCGGUCGCGUUCAUGCCGCAGGGUGACUUCGUAGUGAGCGCCUCGAGGGAUAAGACGAUCAAGAUUUGGGAGGUCGCGACGGGCUAUUGCGUGAAGACGCUCACGGGACACAGGGAAUGGGUGAGAAUGGCGCGGGUCAGCCCGUGCGGUGAGCUUAUCGCCAGCUGUUCGAAUGACCAGACUGUUCGGGUAUGGCACGUGGCGACGAAGGAAACGAAGGUCGAGUUCAGAGAUCACGAGCACGUAGUGGAAUGCAUCGCAUGGGCGCCGGAGAGCGCGAGAGCGUCGAUCAACGCGGCAGCCGGAGCGGAUAAUAAGGGCGCACACGAGGGGCCGUUCCUCGCAUCCGGCUCUCGGGACAAGAUGAUACGCGUAUGGGAUGUCGGCGCAGGGGUGUGUCUCUUCACCCUGGUUGGUCACGACAAUUGGGUGCGAUGCAUCGUCUUCCAUCCGGGUGGCAAGUUUAUCGUCAGCGCGUCCGACGAUAAGACACUGCGAGUGUGGGACACGCGUAACAAGCGAGUGAUGAAGACACUUGAGGCGCACGUUCACUUUUGCACCUCUGUCGAUUUCCACAAGAAUCAUCCUUACGUGGUCACCGGGAGCGUCGAUCAAACGGUGAAGAUUUGGGAGUGCCGCUAGUCACCGAAUUUAGAUUUUCCUUCGGACGUCGGAAGAGAACGGCAGAGUAUAAAACGAGAGAGAGAGAGAAAAAAAAGAGACGAACGCGCGUUCAUUUUAAUGGAAUCGGCCGAAAGAGUAAGCUGCUACAAAAAGCUAUCGUACAUAUGCUAUUAAUAUUAAUAUUAUUAUUAUUAUUAUUAAUAUUAUUAUACAUAAACACACAUAAACACGUAUGGUUAAGAGCUCUUUAAUUAAUUUAUAAUAAAGUAUAAUUAGUAAUUAUAUUAUAAUACGAUACAUCGUUUUACGGCAAUGAACUGCACUAUUCGAGGAGAGUGAAUACCGAGAGACGAUCAUAGGGAUCAAACGAUCGAGGGGACGCUCUCACGAGUUCUCAUUACGGAUUACUUGUCGAGGUGGAGUCACUAAUGCCAUAUACAAUUACAAGAGAGUUAUAUUCCUUUAGACAAUUGUGCAAUUGUAGUAGGCAUUAUUCUGUAUAUAUAUAUACACGCGUCUUUGCGCAGCGCGAAAAUUCGAUGUCGAUGAUGAGUAUAACUCACGUUUAAUUUCACACUCUUACUCCGCCCUUCGCGUGCUUUUAUCGCUUGUGUGUCCGUAUUAAAGUAUUAGUUACCAGCUGGCUCUUACUAAUGAGACGGAUGAUCCUCCUCGUCGAUCAUGAUCUUGCGUAGGAACGUGCCGAAUCUCUUUAAUUUUCUGUCGAUGGUGGCGAAAAAUUUCGGCUGUGGCGUCACCUGCUCUGCGCAACUAAUGACGGUAACUAAUAAUACGUUGUCACUUGUACGCCCGCUCUCCUCGAGAGUUUUUGAAAAAAAAAAAAUAAAGAACGCAAAAGACGCUGCUCCUUUAAUCAUAUAUACAUAUAUAAUAUAUACACAUAUACGUGCACAUGUGUAGACGCGCGCAGUGUCUUUGUAUCGUGCAAAGAACCAAGUAUCGAGGAUCGCUUAAUUUUGACUUGCGUGUAUCUUGAUAUGCAUCAGGAGGUCGCGUCUGCUGCACCGAUAAGAAUUCAUUUUCAAUGGACAUUGUGCCACGGGCAAAUUGUCCGUAUAAAAACAAAAUCCGCAAAUAUUUUCUUACACACGCGUUUAUGUGAAUUGAGUUUUUUUUUAUCGUGACACGUUUCCUUCGAUUAUAGCGAAUUUCGUCAUGUUAUACACUUACACUUAUGUACAAUCGAAUCUCAUACAGUCAGAAAGAUACCUAUGUCAACCAAAAUUGACCGAAGACUUCGCGAACGGUAUACGGUGUUCAAUAUCAUUUUUAAUUUCUUGAUGAGAACCGCAGUUGAGGAUCACAGAGAGUCAGUCGACGAAACUCGAAGAGUGCUCAAAACAAAACAAAGACAACAAUGGAAAUUAAAUUCUCGCCGCGCUAUUUGGCGUUCGAUCAUCGUGCAUUAUUAAUGAUAUUACAACAGGCAUACAACCGAGUAUAGAGAAUGCGACAUUUAAAGCUUAAGCAUUCGAGUAAAGCCGAUGAGAGAAGACUCGUAAGAUGUAAACGUAUAAACGUACGGAAGUUGUAGAGCGCAUAGUGCAUUGCGUGGGUUCCAAGAGAGGUGGUACUAGUUGUAUUUUUUAGUUCUAAUUACUAUUAGCGGUAGCGCAGACAUAAUGUAGACUAUAGAAGGAAAAAUAAGGAAAUAAACUUCAGAGAGAGAGAGAGAGAGAGAGAGAGGGGAGCACGAAGUUAACGGUUGAUUGAUACACACAUAUGAUGACGCGUUCGUUUGCAGGCAUUCGAUGAAACGAGAUAUUCGCACACGUACAUAAAACGUGCAAUCCGCAAAUCAUUAAUCGAUAAUCGCUUAACUGAAAGUGAUUUUUUCAAACGGUACCCUUAAUUACUGUCUGCUAUUUUUUUUUCCUACUGUUUAUCCUCUGUUUAGCCUGUUCAGUCCAGUAAAAGAAGCAACAGACCCAUCAAACAAGAGAUACCUCUCGAUUAAUGUGGUAUUAAAUUAUUUUGAUGAAUAAUAAACCAAGUUGUCACUGAGUCGUGAGACCGUUGUAUGCUAUAUAUCAUCACCUAUGACUCAUAUCGUUUUUAGACUAGCAUUUCUUUCUCCAGUUUCUUGCAAGUUUCAUCUUCGUUGAAUGCGCGUUGAAAGCGCAAUAUAUUUCUGUUGUCUGCUAGAAUUUUCUGUAGUUUUGAUUGAGCAAUAGACUUUAAGGGUAACUUUGCAUUAAUCUACAUGCAUGACAGUAUUUUAUAGUAUGGUAGGACAAAAAUUAGCAACAUAGUGUAAGUAAAACGCGUACUCAACAUCUAUUGCGUGUUUAUAGAAGUAGAUGGUGUAAUAAAAGUUAUAUUAUAGUGUCGCCUUUCAUAAGAUUCGUCACGAUGGCUUCUGUGACUCGCUUUCUACCUGCUUGGGAAAUGAUAAUACCAACAAGUAGACAUACAAUAAAGUAUUCUUCGUCAUUUGUGAUAUAU